AUGGCAUCAAAGGUCAUCAUCGUGAUAGGAGAGCUUCCUGAGGGCAUCAGCCUCGUGGUCUGUGAGUACCUCCUCCAAAAGCCACAGUCUGCGAGGCUCGCCGUCGUCGGCCGCGGCAAGCAACAGCUGGAAGACAUCAAAUCGCCAAUUGCAAGUGCUCGCCGACGACCUUUCCGAUUCCUCGCUAGGAAAACAAUCAGUAGACCUAGCAUUGUCAAGACGGGGCAAAUUGGAUGCUAUGUGCUCAACCCUGGUGUUUGGGACCGCGGCGCUGCCAUCUCUCAGCACCUUGAAAGAUGCUCGAAAGCUGCCAUAGAUCAUCUGGCCACGGAAGUAUCCAUCGAAGAGCCUGAGGCAACCACCGUAUCUGUCAAGCCUGGAGUGGUCAAUACGGAGAUGCAGAAACAAGUAGCGAUCCAAACAUGCCGCCGCACAGGACCCCAAAGAUGUGGAGCAAUUCACGAGCCUUCACGAGAAAGGUGCUUCGCUCCAGCCAUAUCAGCCAGGAAAUGUUUUGGCGAGAUUGGUCUUAGAUUGGUCCGAAAGGAUCGAGUGGGCAAAGCUUGA